GGAAGGGGUUAGGCUACAGCUUCAACUAUAUAACACCGUUAGGAUCAGCAGAGCACGUAGAUUUCUCCUUUUCACCCUCUGUGCAAAUCAGAGCCACUUCCAUCAGCACUGAUGAAGUGUAACCAUCUUCUCUCCUGGGCCUUUGUGCUUGUGGCCUCAAGCCCACUGCUGGCCCACCCCAUUACAGAAUCUGCUGAGAUGCCGUAUCCAGGACCUGUAUCAGCGGAGGACCGAGGAAUCAGCAGUCUGGAUGACCUGCCUCUCUCUGAGCAGGACGGUACAGGCCCUAGAUAUUCCACUCUAAUAUCUGGCGAGAUCAACAGAGAUGGUGUCAGAACAACAGGUCUGCUUCCUAGGGGGCUCAAAAGAGAGGUCCUGUUGGAGAAACAAAGUCUCCUAAAUCCUUUCAGCCAUGUGCUGGGCAUCCGGAAACAGUUCAGGAAGAGAGGAGGGAAUUCAGAGUGUUUCUGGAAGUACUGUGUCUAAAACAGUGGCUGAAAACAGGCACGAGGCAGGGCUUGCACUGAAAGAAAAAAAAUCAAACAUCUUACACUCACACUGGCACAUGCAGCCAAAAUAAAUAAGAAAUACCUCACAUGCAUAAAGUGCAUGUGCAGUCGCACACCCUCACACGCGCACACAGACAUACACAAAAUGCCCCAUCUGUGAUUGAAACAUAUUGCUAAGGGGCUUUCAGAUGAUUUAUUAGGGUUUAGUUAGAACUGUGAAAUGCACAUAUAAAGUCAUUGGUUGUCCAAUGUAUGGCUAAAUUUCUUUUAGACGUGAAAGUCAAAGAUUAUAUAGCACUGUUCGUUGAACAGAAAUAAAAAAUAUUGUAAAUAAAUCAUGUAUUUGUCUUUUCUUGGU